AGUUUACCGAACUUCACAUCCCCAACCUUCGAUCCCGCCGACUACCUCAACGAAACUCUUCCACCUUUAACCCUCGCCUCCACACAACCCAAUGCCUCUCGCGCACCCGGAUCCGUCAAUCUAGCCGAGUUAUCGACGCAGGUACAGGGCGUCGUGUCAAGUGUGAAUGCGCAGAAUGUUAGAUACUCGGGAGCGUUGACUACAUUGGUGGAUGAGAUUUUAAGGGGUGGGGGGAGGUUGGCGUAUGAGGUUGAGGUGCUCAGGGGGGAGGUGCUGGGGUUGGUGGAUGGGUUGGUUGUUGAUGGCGUUGGUGAGGGGGAGGGGGAUGUUGCGAGGUUUGUACCGCAGCAAGAACAUCAACAAGAAGAAAAACAAGAGGGAGAGACAGCAGAAACCGACCUCGAAAACAAGGUAGAGGGGGAAAAAGCGCAAGACCCUUCCUACAUAACCAAUCUCCGUACCCUCAACGCUGUCCGCGCCCGCCUCGACGAAGUCGUCCAAACCUUCGGCUCCGCAAUGGAAUGGCCGCUCCCGCCUUCCGAACUCUCACUUACAUCCUCUUUCAUCUCCGUCUCCGCGCCAGACGUCGGCCCCGAAAGCCAAUCUCUUGAAGCCAAGGGCCAGGAGAUGAUGGAGAAGUUCCGAACCGAGGUUAAUGAAUUACUGGAUAGUGAUGAGAAGGGGGUUGAGACUGCGGAACGGCGAGUGGAGGAGAUUGGGCGGCUGGCGGGGGUGUGGAAGGGGACGGCGGAGGAGAAGGCGAGGGGGAGGUUUGUGGAGGGCUUGGUGAAGGUUGUGGAAGAUAGGCGCAAAUUGUUGGAGAGCCAGGGCCAAGGUGAAUCGGGGCAGGGACAGGGACAGGGACAGCAGCAAAGGAAUGAUGGGAGGACGGGGCAUCGGCGGCAGGAGAGUGAGGGACCUGGAGGUGGAAUUUUCCGGAAUUUGCAGCGGUUACGGGACGAGAUAUACCUGGAGUAG